UAAGCCUAAACCUCUCUCCACCGCCGCUCUCCUCCGAAGCUAUUUUGGCUCACUCGUAUUUAUCAGCAGCUGUUGCAACACUCUGCUGUUUAUAUCUUUCUACUAAUCUGUGCGAUUGAUAAUGGGGAUUUUCGAGCCUUUUCGAGCAAUUGGAUACAUAACCACUCCAGUGCCCUUCUCCGUACAGCGUCUCGGCACCGAAACCUUUGUCACCGUUAGCGUCGGCAAGGCUUUUCAAAUAUACAACUGUGCGAAGCUCAAUUUAGUACUCGUUGGGCCACAACUACCAAAGAAAAUACGAGCUUUGGCUUCGUAUCGGGACUACACAUUUGCUGCGUAUGGAUGUAAUAUUGCUGUUUUUAAACGUGCUCAUCAGGUUGCAACAUGGGAAAGCCAUAAUGCUAAGAUUAAUCACUUGCUACUUUUUGGUGAACAUGUCUUAAGCCUUGAUGUAAAAGGCAAUAUGUUCAUCUGGGCAUUUAAAGGCAUAACUGAGAAUGAUUCUCCGUUUGGUCAUAUUUCACUCGGAAACAAGUUCACACCAAGCUGCAUUAUGCAUCCAGAUACUUAUCUGAACAAGGUAAUUGUUGGAAGCCAGGAAGGUUCUCUACAACUAUGGAAUAUUAGCACAAAGAAAAAACUUUAUGAAUUCAAAAGCUGGAGUUCAGCUAUAUCCUGUUGUGUUUCAUCUCCUGCCCUAGAUGUUGUUGCCGUUGGCUGUUCUGAUGGAAAGAUUAACGUCCACAACAUACGAUAUGAUGAAGAAGUGGUUACUUUCUCUCAAUCUACUAGAGGUUCAGUGACUGCUCUAUCUUUCAGCACUGAUGGACAGCCACUUCUAGCAUCUGGUGGUUCAUCUGGUGUCAUAAGCAUAUGGAAUCUUGAAAAGAGGAGGCUCCAUUCUGUUAUUGGAGAGGCCCAUGAUUGCUCAAUAGUUUCUCUUCACUUUCUUGCAAACGAGCCUGUGUUGAUGAGUUCAUCAGCUGACAACUCUAUUAAAAUGUGGAUUUUUGACACUAGUGAUGGGGAUGCCCGUCUUCUACGAUUUAGAAGUGGGCAUAGUGCACCCCCAAAGUGUAUCAGAUUCUAUUCUAAUGGACGACACAUCCUCUCAGCUGGACAGGAUCGUGCCUUUCGGCUGUUCUCUGUCAUCCAGGAUCAACAGAGCAGAGAACUUUCUCAACGCCAUGUAUCAAAAAGAGCAAAAAAGCUCAAGCUGAAGGAAACUGAAAUAAAACUCAAGCCUGUUAUUGCAUUUGAUGUUGCUGAAAUCAGGGAACGUGAUUGGUGCAAUGUGGUCACAUGUCAUAUGGAUACUGCUCAAGCCUUUGUCUGGAGGCUUCAAAAUUUCGUGAUUGGUGAGCACAUCCUGUCACCAUGCCCACAGAACCCAACACCAGUUAAGGCCUGUGCUAUCAGUGCAUGUGGCAAUUUUGCAGUUGUAGGGACUGCAGCCGGUUGGAUUGAGCGAUUUAACCUGCAGUCAGGUAUUAGUCGAGGCAGUUAUGUUGAUAUAUCAGAAGGCAGGUCCUGUGCCCACAACGGUGAAGUGGUUGGCGUGUCUUGUGAUUCAACCAAUACCGUCAUGAUAAGUGCUGGUUUGAAUGGUGAUGUAAAAGUUUGGAACUUUAAAGGACGUGAAUUGAAGUCCAGAUGGGAAAUAGGUUGCCCAGUUGUCAAGAUUGUCUAUCACCGUUACAAUGGUCUUCUGGCUACAGUGGCAGAUGACUUAGUUAUCCGCUUAUUUGAUGUUGUUGCACUGAGGAUGGUUCGUAAGUUUGAAGGUCACACGGAUCGUAUAACUGAUGUAUGCUUUAGUGAGGAUGGGAAAUGGCUAAUUACCUCCAGCAUGGAUGGGACUCUAAGGAUUUGGGAUGUAAUCCUAGCUAGACAAAUAGAUGCUAUACAUGUUGAUGUGUCUGUGACAGCACUGUCUCUUUCCCCAAAUAUGGAUGUCUUAGCUACGACUCAUGUUGAUCAGAAUGGUGUUUACUUGUGGGUGAAUCAGGCAAUGUUUUCUGCCCCUAGUAAAUCUGGUGCCCAUGGGAGUGGGAAAGAUAUUGUGAACGUCAAUCUACCAUCCAUCUCAACUGGGAAUUCCUUGGAUUCCAACUCUGAGGAAGCUGACAAGUCAAGCCCUCAGGAAGUGCAAGAUGUUCCUCUCUCCACACCUGGACAUGAACAAAUACCCGAUCUUGUCACCCUCUCAAUGUUGCCUAAGAGUCAGUGGCAAAGCUUGAUCAAUCUAGACAUCAUAAAAGCUAGGAACAAACCAAUUGAGCCACCAAAAAAGCCAGAAAAGGCCCCUUUUUUCUUGCCAUUGAUUCCAUCCCUGUCUGGAGAGAUUGUGUUCAAAACUAAAGAAUCUGCUGAAGGUGAUAAGGACUCUCAAGCUGAUGAAACAGAGAGCAGAAAGAUCAAAGCUGACAGUCCAGGUUCUGAGUUCUUACAAUUCCUACAACACUCUGCAGAGGAAAAUGAUUUCGCAGCAUUUACAGAAUAUAUCAAAGGUUUAUCAUCUUCGACUUUGGACAUGGAACUUAGGAUGCUUCAGAUUGUAGACGAGGAUGACAGUGACCAAGAGUCCAGCAACAGACCAGAAAUUCAUUUCAUUGGACUUCUGCUAGAUUAUUUUACACAAGAAAUUUCACGCAGAAACAAUUUUGAGUUUAUACAGGCUAUGAUCCGGUUAUUCUUAAAGAUCCACGGUGAAAGCGUACGCUGCCAGCCUAUUUUACAGGAAAAGGCAGAGAAGCUUCUUCACAUUCAAACCGCAGUAUGGCAGAAGAUAGAUAAGUUGUUUCAGAGCACGAGGUGUAUGGUUACAUUUCUCAGCAACUCACAAUUUUGAGCACAAUUUUUGUUACUAGUACAUUUUUUCACAACAAUUUUGUUUGAAAUCUGUACUUUUUGUAGUAUGUCUUAGUUUCAGACAUUUUGAAUCAGUUCUCGGAGUAGACAUAAUAGAGAUUGAACCACAGGAUUUUCUAUUGAUGAAUGGGAUUGGAAAAGCAAUGUUUAAUUUGUAA